AUGGCAGGGGACUUAAUCUUCAUCACCGGUGCAACCGGCUUCGUCGGUAGUGCCACAGCCCUUGCUGCUCUGAAAGCAGGUUACCGCCUACGAGUAUCCGUUCGAAAGCCUUCGGAGAAGCUCCAAGCCUUGCUGUCAGACUAUAGCCAGCAGGUCGAAUAUGUCACUAUAUCCGAUCUGACAGACGAGGCCGCCUUCCACGGCAAGCUGGAAGGAGUUGACUAUAUUCUGCAUCUCGCCUCACCUCUCCCUCAUGGAACAAACAAGGAUGAUUACUUCAUUCCGGCUGUUAAAGGAACGACUGCGUUGCUAAAGGAGGCUGACCGGGUCACGAGCAUCAAGAAAGUUGUUGUCACAUCGUCCGUGGCUGCUCUGCUUCCACUCACUGGACUCCCUAAAGGCGGAAUCGUGAAAGAGGACAAUGACUGGGAUUUCAGCGUGGACGAAGAUGCAAGCUUUGAGAAACCCAACGAUCCAGAAGGCACGGCUUUCAAGCUCUACCACGCAUCGAAGCUACUCUCCAACAACGCCACCUGGGACUUCUGGAGGACCGCAAAGCCACACUACUCAUUGGUGUCGACUCACCCAUUCUUUGUGUUCGGCCACAAUCUCGUACAGACAACUUCGGAAGAUGGCAUCGGGUCCAACGGUGUUCUCUGGAAGCCCAUCAUGACCGGUAUCCUCGGUGGCAUGAGCGCCGGAGUGCAUGUCCAGGACGUUGCCGAAGCACAUGUUAAAGCUCUGGACCCGAAGAUCCCCGACGGCUCAAAGUAUCUGCUAGCUGGCAAGCAAAGCGAUUGGAAGGGAGUGGCUCAAAUCGUGCACAGGGAUUAUCCUGAUCUUGGUGCAAAGAUUAGUGUGGAGGCCGAGGGAGGAUUACUGCCAUUUGAUGCCAGCAAAGCUGAGAAGGAUCUUGGGAUGAACUGGCGCUCUUGGGAGCAGAUGAUUCAUGAAGUGGUGGAUCAGCAGCUCGCACUGGCUAAGAAAUAG